GUUUCCAUUAUCAGUUUUUCGUUUGUAAAAAAAAAUCAUAUAUUAAAAAGAAAGAAUUGGUUCUGUCGAGCAACGAAGAGGAAGAAAGACGACUUUUCAUUUAUCAUUUCCAAAAAAGAAACUAUUUUGUCGGCAGAUAAAAGAGGAAUCAACAUUUUUUUUAAUUAAGUAAAUCCCCAACUAAUUAAUUAAAAUAAAAUCAUCAGACAGAUAACACCAAACGACAAAAUGGGCUACAGUAGCAGAAACGUCUCAGUUGCCCUCUUUGCAUUAAUUGGUUUCCUAUUAAUUGGGCAUAAUAAUUUUGGUGCUGAUGCCGAAAAGGAAAUUCCAAUGACAAAAUUUGGCCAAAAUGGACCAACCAUUAGUUUUCUUUAUUGCUAUUCGUGCGGCUAUAGAAAGGCCUACGAGGACUAUUCGGUAAUUAUAGCCGAAAAAUAUCCACAGAUGACCGUACAAGGAGCCAACUAUGAUUUCCCUGGCUUCAACAUGUAUCUAUCGAAAGUUAUAUUCUUUCUAAAGAUCGUUCUAAUCGUGAUUAUCGUAUCGGCUUUUGAUAUCUUUGGCGCGUUCGGACAACCCACACCUGGAUGGUGGAAACAUUUAAUAGAUAACAAAUUGUAUGCGUGUAUGAUGAUUUUCUUUGUGGGUAAUAUGCUCGAAGCAAAUAUGGUGUCAUCAGGAGCAUUUGAAAUUUCAUUAAACGAUGUGCCGGUGUGGUCAAAGCUCCAAACAGGCAGAAUUCCCGCACCCCAGGAACUAUUUCAAAUCAUCGAUAGUCAGCUACAGUUCUCCGAUAAGAUUCAGGAGAAUCCUGAUUUUGUUAAAUAAAAGUCUGGUGGACAUAUUUAUAACGAGUUAGGGUAGAAUUUAUACCUUAAAUUUAUUAUUAAAAUAAUUAUUGCUUUUUCAGUUUCUAGAA